AUGUCGUCGUUGGCCUUUACGCUUCGUCAAACGGUGGUGCCGGUGGUGACAAGAGGUGCUAAACCGCUCAACUUUCCAGUUCGCCGCAUCUACUGCGUCGGGCAUAACUAUGACAGCCACGCACGGGAGAUGGGCGGCGCCAUUAACCGCAUGGAGCCGUUCUUUUUCUUGAAGCCGACAGACAGCAUUGCAACGGACCUUGGCAAUCACACAACCCCCAACGCAACCGUUAACAUACGCUACCCACCGGUCACGGAGUGCUACCAUCACGAGGUGGAGCUGGUAGUCGCACUGGGCUACCCGACUAGCAAAAAGACAACGCUCGCGGAAUCCGCGCAGGGGGCCGGCGACGCCCACUAUGCGAACAUGAAGGUCGAGGAAGUGCACGACAUCAUCUACGCCUAUGGCGUGGGGCUGGACAUGACACGCAGAGAUCUGCAGCUGGUGGCCAAGAGAAACGGCAAGCCCUGGGAUCUUUCCAAGGGCGCCGACGGCUCCGCCGUCGUCGCCCCCCUCGUCCUUUCGGAGGACCUGAAGGAGGCGCACCCGGAGAUGUUCAUGACACCCGAUAAGGACGAGACGAAUGUGGUGAGCUGUGGAAGUAUUUUCCUCCAAGUGAACCAGAAUGAGCGCCAGCGAAGUGACCUCGACUGCAUGGUGUCGUCCAUCGCGGAACUGAUUGCGCAACUGACGAAGUACGUCACACUGCAGCCUGGCGAUUUGCUCUUCACCGGUACCCCAUCCGGUGUCGGUGCUGUCCGUCGCGGUGAUGUGAUGGAGGCCGGCAUCCAGGGACUUGGUACGCUCAGGGUGAACGUUAUGUAG